AAGUUUGAACGGUUAAAAGAUCCUGAAGCCAGAUACCUGAUUAACCUUCUCGAUAACGAUAUUCCACUAGUUUUGGAUUUUUAUCCUGUUUUAUUUCGUAGUGGAAAUUGGCCGGUUUAUCGAGAAGCCAUGUUUCGUAUUUGGU